UAAAUAAAUCAGUCGGUCCUGAUUACAUCCCGAAUAGAGUCGUGAAGGAAUUCGCGCAUGAGUUGGCACCUAUCAUCAAAGAUAUUUAUAACCAAUCAAUGAAAGAGGGAUAUAUUCCUGAACUCCUCAAAUCAUCAAUUGUUAUUCCAGUACCGAAGAUCAACCCCCCUAGAACCAUAGAAAAUGACCUCCGACCUAUCUCGUUGACAUGUACCAUAGCAAAGGUCAUGGAAGGUUUUACAUGCACAAGACUCCUACCUCAGUUAGAAGAUAAGCUGGAUCCGCGCCAAUAUGCUCGUAAAAAUCAUUCAACAACAGAUGCUCUACUAUAUACAUUGCAAGCAAUCUACGAAGCAGUGGAUACUGGUGAGGCCGGAGCACGCUUAUUCUUUGCUGAUUUUUCUAAAGGGUUCGACCUUAUUGAUCAUACCAUCCUUCUACACGAACUAGAGAACCUACAAGUUCAUCCUGCACUUUUGAAUUGGAUCGCAGCCUUUCUAACCAACCGUAUGCAGGCUGUUAAAAUUGAUGGAGUUCUAUCAGACUGGAAAUCAGUGAAGGGUGGGGUUCCUCAAGGAACUAAACUAGGCGUAAUUCUCUUUAUUGUCAUGACAAACAAAUUGUUCUGGGAAUGGAAUCUUCGGACUAAAUUUGUCGAUGACACAUCCGUACUGGAGAUUAUUCCAAGAAAUUCCAUUAGCGUCCUAAACAAUGCUGCUGCUGACAUACAUAAUUUUGCCAUAGAGCAUAAUAUGAAGCUAAAUUAA